AUGGCAAAAGAGAGCAUUGUACUGGAUACUCACACCAGUCUUGGCUUCACUGGUGAUCUUUUUCCUCCACCCUUAGUGAAACCAAAUGAUGGUAUCCCAGAAUUAGGUCCAACUCAACAAGACAAUGCUGCUCUGCAAAACUCUUCUCCUGGUCCCAAACAGAAGACUGAUCAGCCCCUCAACAUUAAUGCUGCCUCCAAUGCAGCCACUCCAAACAAACCUGACAGAGCGCUUCAAAUCAGAGGGAAAGGCAGAGGAAACAAGUCAGUGCAGAAAAAAGUGGAAAACAAAGAUUCCCAGACCAACCGAAAGCUCACUGAUUAUUAUCCCAUUCGACGGAGCUCUAGGAAAAGCAAAGAAGAACUGAAGAAUGAGGAACAGCAGCACAUUAAUGACCUGAUCACAAAUGGCAUUGAGGAAGGACUGAAGGUGAAGGACAUCGAGGGGAAAGGCAGAGGGGUGUUUGCAGACAGGCCGUUCCGGAAAGGGGAGUUUGUGGUCGAGUAUCAUGGAGAUUUGAUUCAGAUUGCUGAUGCUAAGAGGAGAGAGGCUUCGUAUGCACAAGAUCCCAAAACUGGAUGCUACAUGUACUACUUCCAGUACCGAAACAAAACCUACUGCGUGGACGCCACGGCGGAAACAAAACGCCUCGGACGACUCCUCAACCACAGUAAGAACGGAAACUGCCAAACCCGGCUCCACGCCAUCGCCGGAGUCCCUCACCUCAUCCUGGUGGCAUCACGAGACAUUGAGCCCGGGGAGGAGCUGGUGUAUGACUAUGGAGACCGCAGCAGAGAGGCCAUAGCCGCUCACCCCUGGCUCAAACACUGA